AUGUAUCGAACUAAUAGUAAUGGAAGUCAAGUAUUACGACGUUUUGUUCAACAAGCUGAAUCAUAUAAUCGUUAUAUGUUUCCAAAUAAUUCAACAAUAACAAUGAAAAAACAAUUACAAAAUAUUGAUGAUCAUGUUACAGAACAAAUUCUUUUUUGUCAAAAUAGAAUUGAUAAUUUAAAUAUUUCAUCACAAAGAUCAAAUUCAGCAUUUAAAAAACCAUCUGAUAAAGAAAAGUAUUCAUUAACAAGUGAAAUCUUAAUGGUGGAUAUUGUUUCUAAUGGAUAUAAAUAUGAAACAUCAUCAUUAGAAUUGAAUGUUAUUCAACAAUGUUGUAUUGUUUCAAUAACUUCACCAUAUGCAUUUACAAUUCAAUUAACAAAAGAUUUAAUUGAAUGUGAUGCAUUUUUUAAAACUAUGAAUGAUUAUUAUAAUUCAAUUGAUGAUCUUCAUAUAUCAUCUGAAUAUUUACGUAAAAAUCUUCUUUGUGUUACUUGGGAUGAAACAGUAUCAGCAUGGAAUCGUUCACAAAUAAUGGAAUAUGAUUUAAUGGAUGAUACUGUAAAUGUUUUUUUUGUUGAUUUAAAUACUUGGGAAGAACAUGUACCACGUUCACGUAUACGUUUUAUAUUAACAAAAUAUUCUUCACGACCAGUUUAUUUAUUAACAUGUCGUUUAGCCUCAAUAGCAUCAUUAAAUAAUAAUGAUAAUCAAUGGAAUGAUGUUGUAUCAAAAACAUUUCAAAAUGUUGUUCAAAAUUGUCAAUGUGAUGUUGAACCAUUAUAUAAAGGACGUGAUAAUACAUUUUAUGUUAAUUUAUUUGCAUCACAUGAUGAAGCUUAUGUAUGUAUUAAUGAUUUUUUAAUACAUUGUAAAAUGGCUAAACCAAUUGAUGAUAUUUCAAAUGAAAAAAAUUUGAUUUAUAUGUUGGAUGAUAAUGGUCAACCAAUGCAUUUAAUGAUUGCACUUUAUUGGAAAGCUGGAGAAGCUAUGCAUGAAACAGAAACUUGUGUUAAAAAACAAGAUGAUGAUCAUCGAUCAUCAGUAUCUAGUGAAUUAUAUCGAACAAAAUCUACAUCAUUAAUAAAAGUUGUGAUGAUUAAUGAAUAUGAUAAAUUAAUUUUUGUAAGAUAUAAUUCUUAUAUAAUGUUACCAUGGUUUACUAUUUCGAAUAUACUUCAUCGAUUUAAUGAAGAAAAAAUUAAAAAUUUUGCAAAUAAAUUAGGUUUUAAAUCAAUUAUUAUUGAUCCUUUAUCACAUCCAUUACUUUGUUCACAAUUAAUUAAAUUAAUAUCUUCGACAUUAAUAUCAAGUCAAAUUAGUUUAUAUUCAAUUGAUUGUGUUAGAAAAAUUUUUCAAAUAUCUCAUUGUACACAAGCAAAUGUUUAUAAUUUAUUAGAUCGUGCACGAUUAGCUGAAGCAAGUGAUGAUAUUAGUUUUUGGGAUAAAUCUUAUGAAAGUUUACCAAUCAAGACAACAAAUGAAUCUAUAACGUUAGAUAAAAUAAACCACACACAGAACUAUGAAAUCAAUAUUCACAAGUAG